AUGGAUCUUCUUGAUUUGGAACUCGAUCUGAACGUCGAGGGCAACUCCGCCACUGGGACUUCUGGUCCAGUCACCCGGAGAUCGCAAGCAAGCAGAGCAAACAAGAACACGCCGGCGACGACGACGACGACUCCGAAAACUGCUGAAGCACCCAAAAGUGCACCGAAAAAGACGGUUGCGGCCGCCGUGAAACCACCAGCUGCCGAGACUCCAAAAAACUUUUCCGCUGUCAAAGCGAAGGCUACUCCUAAGCCGGCUCUCAAAAAAAAGAAGGAAGUUGAACCGCAACCAGAAGAAGCCCAGCAGAAGACGCCACAGGCAAAGGCCGAAAGGUACAAAGAAUGAAUAACAAAUUCAAAAAAAAUUUUAACAUUUGCAGCCCUGACAACUCGGCUUCUCGUGGAAGUUUUCAGCGGGACUCGAGAUCGACCUCUCUGGAGAAGCGCAGCCGUCGCGAGAAGGCAAAAAUCCGUUUCUCGCCGUCUCCCGAGACUCUGUCGAUUAAAAAGCGCAAAACUUCUCGCAAACCAGCGUCGUCUCGUGUCACAAGCGCCGCCGAGUUCACCGAACAGCUUGUGGAACUUGAACAAGUGCUCACUCAACAGGGACCAGUCGAUUUCGAUCUUCCGGAAGAUUGGAAGAGCGCGAGACCGUCCGAUAUUGUCGAGGGAAUCAUCAAAAAGCGUACGUUUCCUAGAACGUUUGAGCAAUUUUUCCAAGUGGCUUUUGAGCUAUUGCAUAAUUCACGUGAAGACCCCGUCGUGACCGCGAGUUUAUCUAACUGCAUUUGAAUCACGUGAGCAGCGGUCAAGUGCGAUUGGCAGACUUUAAUGAAAUUUUUCAUAGUUUUAUUUCGAAUGGUAAAAAAACCUGCAUUAAAGUGUGUCGAUGUGGAGUAUUGAUUAAAACGAGUGUGCUGUUUUUUGUGAAUGAAUAACUUCAACUUUUGUUUUUGUUCAGUUCGAAUUCCAGCAAUUUUCAGUGACCAACGGAAACGAAUUGUCAACUUCUUCUACUUCUACUGUCACCAAUAGCAACAACAACAAUAAUAUUGUAAUUGUUUAAGAGUUUCUCAUCUAAUAAGUCUCUCUUUGCUCACAGUUCCAUUCCAUUCUCACAAAUAUCAUAGCUUACCGAUAUAUAUAUGUACAUGUACAUAUAUAUCCAUUUUCCAAAAAAAGAGUAGCAGAGUGUCAUGAAUUUCAUCCGUUUUUACACACACACACGCACUCUUCUCAACCCGUUCACUCUUUGUCAUCCCGUUCCAUUUCUUGUCCCGUUUUUAGAAUAUUGUGUGCCUGUUAAGAUAUUAGAGAAUAAGUCUGAAAUCACCGCUAUUCCAACCAAAUAAAUGAUAGUGUUUCGUUUGCUCUAUCAACCGGAGGUCUCGCCACGAAUCAAUAUGCGAAAAGAAGCGAAACAGCAUGGUACAGAACAGCGAAACUACUCAUUUUCGUGGCGAGACCCACAAUUUUAGCAAAUUUUAUUGGUUGGAUAGAUGGAAUUGGAAUUUUGUCCCCACUUUUCUAUCGUUUACUGAAUUUCACUAGAGUUGUGAGCAAUUUGAGACUUUAGACCUAAAAAAUUCCGAUUCUAAAAGAUUAUUUCAGCAAUCCUCAACUACCGUACCUGCCUCCAACACCAUCAAAAAAGCGGCAAAAUCGAACAAUUCCGCCAGGUUCGAAUUCAAAUUUUUGUUGAACUUUGUCGCGAAGAGACGCAGACACCGCACGCGGGGUCUCUUUCCUCUGGCAUUUCUCUGACGCUCCGCUCUUUCCUGUGUGCUUCAUUCCUCCCCGACCGCGUCGUUUCUCUCUCUCUCUCACUCUCACUCUCUCUCUCUCUCUCUCUAUCUCUCUCUCUGUUUCCGCACUUUCGCCUAUGUUUUCGAUUCAUUUUCUCAGGUCUCAUAACUUAUGACUCAUAAGCUGAUAGACCGUCUCAAAACGUCUAAGCAUAAUUUGCCUCACGCUUUUCUUUCUUAUAAUGUAUAAUAGCAACUUUACUUUCUUUUUUCCAGAAUGCCCAACGCCUCCACUCCAGCUCAUUCACAGCCGCUUCGCGUGAACCGCUCCUUCAGCAAAGAGCUCGGCGUCGACGAUUUUCAGGAGGAACCCACGUCUUCUUCGGCCGGUCCACGUGCAAAAAGUCCUCGGAAAUCUGUUCCUAGUGCGACGAGAAGAAGUGCCCGAAAGUCGGCGGCGUUGGAGGUCGAACAGCCAGCACCAUUGGCCGAGGAGACCGGAAAAACACCGAGAAAAUUGGCGCUGACGCGUAGAAGCAUUAAGAAACAGCAAGAUGAGGCUCCAGAAGCUGUUGUGGAUGACCCGAUUGUCAUUCGUCCGAAGAUCAACGAGAAGCCGAGAAGAAGCACUCAGAGAAACGCGAAAAAGGAGCAUAAACAAGAAAAUCCUGCUCCAGACGCCCCAGAUUCUGCGGAAACUGUCGAGACGCCUGCUCAAAUUCCAGCCACUUCUUCUGCUUCAGACUCCAAGUCCGUGGUCAAAACGCCCAUUUCGGAAUCGUCGUCUGCCCGAAAAUCUGCCUCCACACCGUCUGUUCUGCCCACUCCGCGCACUUCUGGUCGAGUUUCGAAGCCAAAUCGGCUCUACGUCGAUCACGCGUUCAACACGGAAAUACUCGGAAGAACGACUAUUACGCAGCAGAAUCCGGUGAAAGAGGUAACCGUUUUGCUCAUCUUUGUUCACAUUAGACCCGUUUUUUCAGGCGCAAGCCCGUGAAAAGUCGCAGACGCCGGAACCGUCUCUCAUCGCCGCCCCGUCCACGUCGACCUCAAGAUCUGUCGGAAAAAAGCCAACCACGUCGACAACACCAAAAGUCGUAGUUUCGAAGCCGGUGCCAAUUGUAAAUGGAGUACUGAAAGGGUAUCGUCCGUCCGUGAAAGUGCCACUGGCGGACAUUGAAGUCGAUGGAAAUGUGGUGAAACUCGAUGAAAUUGUCACCGAAACGAUGGACACGAUCCUGCUGAAAGUGUGCCAAGAUGGCGUCGAACAGCACGAUAAUAUCGACCCGAAGGUGGUGAAGGCCAAGAUAAAGUUUGUUGUAUUAUUUUGACGCGAAACAAUGUAAACAAUUUAGAGUCAAGAUUGAUAUGGCGAAAAAAGUCCGUCUCGAGGCGAAAAAGCUGGAAACUCAAAUGCGAAUCAAAAUCCCGGCGGCACAAGAGGAGCUUGGAAAACGCAAGCGUCAGGCGCCUCGCAACGACGACAUCUACUGGACUCCACCGACGCAUAAAGGGCGCAGAGAGGCCCCGGUACCGGUUUCUGUGUCAUCCAUCGUCAGAAGCUAUCGCAAGAGUGCCACACCGUUCGAGGAGGAUUCUUCUUCCCUAUCAACGCCGUUUCUGGAGCCGACAGUGAAUGAGAAGAGACAGCAGAAAGCGAGAAAUGAUAUAUCAAACAUGUUCGACGCGGAAAUGGAUGCGCAGAUAAAGGAGGCAAAAGAAUAUAAGAUCUCUUUUGAAAAGUACAUCACUCCGAAAAUCACGAUAGCGCAGCAGAAAUCCGGCAUCAAAUUGAUGUCGAGAAAGAGGCAGUCGCAGGUGCCGGAUGAUUUUUACUAUCACGAGCUGCUCACCGAUCCGUUGAGCCCAUCGAAUUCGAAUGCGGAGAACGAGGGAGAGGCGGAAGUGGAAAUUGAUGUGGAGGGAGGUGUUAUCCAUCCAGAAGCUUCGAUUUCCCGAGAAAACCCCGACGAAAUCACUAUUCGGACUGAUGCUCUCGACAUUGCCGAACAGAUUGCCGUGCUUGUCCCUCGCCCACGUUUGGCAGAUGGCUCGGAGAUGGAUAUGGAGCAGAUCCAACUGAAAGCCAUGGAGCAGCCAGAACAACGAAGAAACACUCUCCAGGCAGCGAUGGUCGUGAUCUGGGACCAACUGGCUCAUGAGUCGGCUCCUCAAACUGGAGGAUCUGAGGAACACGGACACGAGUGGCACACGAUCACUCUCGCCAACGCACAGCAAAUGAAGAGGGUUUAUGCGGUGACGGACACCGGAAAAGAGGAUUCCGUCAUUUGGACGCACAAGUUCUUUGUGGAGAACCUGCCGGUUCAUGUGCUCGCCUCAUAUCUGAGUGUCGUUAGAUACGCUAGACGAAUCGUAAGUGUCCCAUCUGAAAAGAUUAAGUUCUCGAUAUUUUACAAGCAUUUUUCAAAUUCUACUAAUAUUUCGUGUACAGAGUCCAACAAUAUUCGGAGGCGUCAUCGACAGCACGGAUCAACUCAACUCGAAUUGGGAACAAGUGACCAAUCUCCUCCGCUCGUUCGUCUACAAACGCGGCCCCGAACCGGGCUCAGAAGUGCUCAACGAAACUAUUCCGUAUUACCGCAUGUCUGACACGGUUUUUCUGCUUGUCUCCCCGACGAUGGCGUUCGGGGACGGCUUCUGCUCGAGCCAAGCGGCAGUCACCAGUCGGCCGCGUCCUCAUCACGGACGGCUCCUUUUUCGAUGGCUUCAAACGAUUGGCCACCUCGACUCGGAGACGAUUGGUUUAGGUGAAGAGGAGAUGGAAGCGACGACCUCUGUCGCCGAGUACAUUUCCGACGUGAUUGUGGAGACGAUUUGUGAGAAAGUGCGGCAGAAGAUCAGAGAAAGACCCGAGUGCCGAAUUGUGCUUGUUGGAUACGGAGCAGCCACGUAUUCGGUACACAGAGCCGCCAAUCUCGUCGGCGGCAUCUUUGCCAUCAUUUCUAUAGGAUUUCCUGUCAUGACAAAGUUCGGACGCAGAGGAGUUAGUGGUUUUUUAGUUAUCCGUAAAUAUCAAGUUGUUUUUUGCAGACAGCCGACGACGAGAUCCUGCUCACCUAUUGCCCGACACUUUUCAUCGUCGGCGCCGAAGGACGUCACUUCAACAACGAGGCGAUCACAGAGCUCCGCGCGUCGAUGAUCAACCAACAGACGGGACUGAUAGUUGUCGGACACUCGAACGACCAUCUGCAAGUGCCGUCUUCUGUUCUCGUCCGACUUGGUAUCAAUCAGACCAUCGUGUUCCGAAUGGUUCUCGAAAAGAUUCUCGAUUUCCUCAAUCUCGACGCGGUUCGUCAACAGAAUCUUGCGGAUCUGGUGCCGAUCGAGUUGAACAACGUGACUGACAUGGAUUCGGCGCUUUUGAAGAGUGAUAAAGCGUUGUCUGGACUCGCGUUCGCCACCUCACCAAUCACUUCGUCGGCUCCGUCGCCGGUUGGUUCAAGCGGAAGACGUGCCACUGUUGCCGGUGGUGAAGAGCAGAAGAGGAAAAGACAGUGAGUGUGAAAUUGACUUGCAACUCUCACAAUCAGUUCUAACUGGAUCCAUUAUUGCAGAGAAAUACCUCCACCACUGCAACCUCAGCCGCCUGCGCAGCAUCAGCAGUAUUACACCGGUCCGGGAACUCUUCCAGCUCCAUCCCCGCGUGCAGAUGAACGCUUUUUGGCGUUCCAGAGUCUGAUGGCAUCGACGGUGGCGACUGCGGACGAUAUGCCGCGAAGAGCGUCGAUGGGGUCGAGUCAGCGGGUCGUCGAGCGAGGCGACUUCCGGGAGCGGGCUGCAGCCAUUGCAGCCGCCACAUCGGCAGCUCCGAGGGCUCCUCCGCCACCUCCGAUGUCGCGUGGACCCGUCGAUCCGGCUUCGAUCUCGUUGAUUUAG